CUACUUACAUGGCUAAGCCAAAGUAAACUGAGACAGACAUCUCCAUGAAGCUCAUCAGUUUCACAGAGAAUCUAAUUAAUCUACUUGGCAUCUAACCUUAGAGCUGCUACUGCUAGGAGUAGGCUGAGGAAGAUGAUACAAUGAUCGUAAACAAAAUAUGAGAAACUGAGACUAAUUUGAAGUGUAAGCUCUGAUCUAUUUCGUUAAGUCCGAUAUGAUGAUGUUACACGGCACUUCCCAAUUUCCCGGACCUCGAAUCAUCAAACACAAGGAUGACAAAGCAGUUUGUGAGUUCCAAAGUGGCUUAUUUUAUGCAUAUGGUCCCUUGUAUGCUAACCCAGAGGCAGAGGCCGGAUCGAUAACCCAAGUGGCUUGGACGUAUUUUGUAGACCAGACGAGACGCGAUCCAGAUCUCAUGAACAAGAUAAAAGGAAUUCAAAUGCUCCCGGAACAGAUUAUGUCAGAAAGCCCUCCCGACCUGGAGGGACAAGACGAAUGGAAAGGAAAUCCGAAUGGGACAAGUAGUGACCAUCAAAAUGCCACAGAAGAAAUAAAGAGGGAAGAUGAGAAAAUGAUAAAGGAUUACUACAGGAUUAAAAUUGGAGAGGUUGUAAAAGAAGCAAAAAGUGUUUAUGAUGGGCCAAAUAUUGAUGAGAUGCGAGAAAGCAGGUUUAUAUAUAUGAUGAUAAAUCAUGGCUGCUUAUUCCUACUGCAAAUGUUUGUAUUUCUUGGAUUAGGAGUGAAUCAACUUAAAGACCUUAGUGGACUCUCUGGCCCUGACCUUGAUAUCCUAUUUGGCAGCGAUCAUAAAGACAUUGAAACAAGGAAAAAUAGGUUCACUAAGUCCGCAGUGUUUCCUGGCAACCAAAUUCCACUGCUUGUGCUCAAAAAACUAAUCGACAGUAGUUCUUUCUUCAAGAAGGUUGUGUUAGAGGAGAAUUGGGAAAAGCCCUCUUCUUCUUCUUCUUCUUCUCCAGAUCUAGUACUCAAAAGUGUUCUUUAUGACCUUAUCUUGGGUCCUGUGCUCAAAACCCACACGCAAGAAGCUACGACAGACAUACUUCAUGGCCUCCACUCAAGAUUGGUUGGGAAACAUGGCAACGAAGCGCUAGCCCUCAUUGACAGUAAAACAAACAAUUUGGACACGCAGACUGAUAAUCAAAGGAUCCCAAUGAGUAGUGUCACAGAAAUGUAUUCUAAAGGUAUGCACUUUAAAGGGGUAAGCGGCAUGGCAAUUACAGAGAUUAAGAUCAAGGGUAGUGUGUUCACCAAGAAGGUCCUUCAUUUGCCUGUCUUCACUUUCAAUGAGAUGACCAAGUACUUGUACAAAUGCCUUAAAGGUUACGAGAAUGACCAAGGUCAGAGUGAAAAGGUAGUAAACUACUAUCUGCAGUUUCUCAGAGAUAUUGUUCAACGUGACCAAGAUGUUUUGCUGUUACGACAAAAGGGAGUCAUUCAAGUACAAGUACAAAAUGAUGAUCAUGAAGUGGUCGAGUAUCUGGGGGAGGUAGCCACCGAUGACGCAACGCUAACCACCCAUCAUUUUCGAACGGUGAAACUCGCUAUCACUCACCAUCAUCUCAAGCCAUGGUAUUAUAAAUACCUCACGGGCCCUCUGUUUUCAAUUACCUUAUCAAUCAUAUCACUUACCUUCUCUAUCCUUGCAUAUUUCUCGAGAAAGACAUAACCAUUAAUCUGUCUCUGAGGUAUCUAAGCAAGUUUAGGAAUUAUUUAUUUUAUAUUUUCACGUCAAAAACUAAACUCCAAUAAUGCUUUCUGAAUCAAGUAACUCGUCUGAAUUUUACUAUGACAUUAUACUGGAGUCCUUGUAUCUAGCUAGUCCAUGAUAUUAUAUUGUUAAUGCAGUUGAAUCCAAUCUUAAAGGCACAA